GUGAGCGUCCGACACGCGUCGUGCGCACCACGGGCCAGGGCUCGGCGCUUCGAAUUCUUUCACGGUGAAGCCCUGAUGUGCGGCCAGCUGCUUAACUCUCCUGCUGUACUGCUAUAUCGAAGAACUAGGACGCCACAUCGCCGUGCCUCGUGGCGGUGUCGAAGUGAAGCCGCGAAAGAAGGAAGGCAGCAAAACAAGGACAGGAGGCCCAGACCGAGCAGCCAUGGCUGCCGACGUGGCGGUGGCGCCUCGCAACCACAUCCCAAUCUCUGGCAGAAACAGCAGCGAAACGGUCAGCCCCAGUGCUUACAUGAGGCACAUAGACAGUGUGGUGACGCCAGAUUUCACCUCGGUCACCAACAGCCGGGAACGCUUCAUGGUGCUGGUAAUGAGCGCCUUGCUCCUGCUCAUCAGUUGCACACUUUUCGCCGUCCUCUUUACGCUGCUCUCAGACGACAUCUUUGACCUAUCAACGGUAGUAGGAACGUCGGCUAAGUCCCAGGAGGCGAUUGUACCAGGCCUUAUUUUUUUUACCAGGCGCGGAUGGAGAUUGUUCGUGAGAUGAGAAAAGGACGUGAUUAUGAUUAUUAAAUAAAGCA